CUCCCCGUCCACCCGCUCCCGCCACCGUAUCCGUAAACCCAAUCCCCCAUUUCCCCUAGGGGGCAUGCUGCGCGCGGGCCUCCCCUCCACGCUCACCAGCUCGUAGCCGUUUCCUGCCGCUCCUGGCUCCUGCACCGAGCGGCAAACCCGCGCCGCCGCCGCCGCCGAUGGAGGCCACCGGCAGGGGGCUGUUCCCGAACAAGCCCACCCUCCCGGCGGGGCCGAGGAAACGGGGCCCGCUCCUCCCGGCCGCGCCCCCGCCACCGUCCCCCUCCUCGCUCCCGCUCGACUCGCUCCUGCUCCACCUCACCGCGCCCGCCCCCGCGCCGGCCCCCGCGCCGCGGCGGUCGCACCAGACGCCGACGCCGCCGCACUCCUUCCUCUCCCCCGACGCGCAGGUGCUGGUGCUCGCCAUCUCCUCGCACCCGCUCCCCACGCUGGCGGCCUUCCUGGCCUCCCGCCGCGACGAGCUCCUCCGCGCGGACAUCACGUCCCUGCUCAAGGCGCUGGAGCUCUCGGGGCACUGGGAGUGGGCGCUCGCGCUCCUCCGGUGGGCAGGCAAGGAGGGUGCCGCCGACGCGUCGGCGCUCGAGAUGGUCGUCCGCGCGCUGGGCCGCGAGGGCCAGCACGACGCCGUCUGCGCGCUGCUCGACGAAACGCCGCUCCCGCCGGGCUCCCGCCUCGACGUCCGCGCCUACACCACCGUGCUGCACGCGCUCUCCCGCGCGGGCCGGUACGAGCGCGCGCUCGAGCUCUUCGCCGAGCUCCGGCGCCAGGGGGUGGCGCCCACGCUCGUCACCUACAACGUCGUGCUGGACGUGUACGGGCGGAUGGGCCGGUCGUGGCCGCGGAUCGUCGCCCUCCUCGAUGAGAUGCGCGCCGCCGGGGUCGAGCCCGACGGCUUCACCGCCAGCACGGUGAUCGCCGCGUGCUGCCGCGACGGGCUGGUUGACGAGGCGGUGGCGUUCUUCGAGGACCUCAAGGCCCGCGGCCACGCCCCGUGCGUCGUCACGUACAACGCGUUGCUCCAGGUGUUCGGCAAGGCCGGGAACUACACGGAGGCGCUGCGCGUGCUCGGGGAGAUGGAGCAGAACGGCUGCCAGCCAGAUGCUGUGACGUACAACGAGCUCGCCGGAACGUACGCCCGGGCUGGGUUCUUCGAGGAGGCUGCCAGGUGCCUGGACACAAUGGCAUCCAAGGGUCUGUUGCCAAACGCAUUCACGUACAACACCGUGAUGACAGCCUAUGGGAAUGUUGGGAAGGUGGAUGAGGCGCUCGCUCUGUUUGACCAGAUGAAGAAGACCGGGUUCGUGCCGAACGUGAACACGUACAAUCUUGUCCUUGGCAUGCUUGGCAAGAAGUCAAGGUUCACGGUGAUGCUAGAGAUGCUUGGAGAGAUGUCGAGGAGCGGAUGCACACCGAACCGGGUAACAUGGAACACAAUGCUUGCAGUCUGUGGGAAGCGUGGCAUGGAGGACUACGUCACCCGGGUUCUGGAGGGGAUGAGGUCUUGCGGGGUUGAACUGAGCCGAGACACCUACAACACCCUGAUAGCUGCGUACGGCCGGUGUGGCUCGAGGACUAAUGCCUUCAAGAUGUACAACGAGAUGACCAGCGCUGGAUUCACCCCCUGCAUCACCACGUACAACGCGUUGCUGAACGUGCUGUCGCGGCAGGGCGACUGGUCCACCGCCCAGUCGAUCGUAAGCAAAAUGAGGACCAAGGGGUUCAAGCCGAACGAGCAGUCGUAUUCGCUGCUGCUCCAGUGCUACGCGAAGGGGGGCAACGUGGCAGGGAUAGCCGCGAUCGAGAACGAGGUGUACGGAUCAGGUGCCGUUUUCCCAAGCUGGGUGAUCCUGAGGACCCUUGUCAUCGCCAAUUUCAAGUGCCGGCGACUGGAUGGCAUGGAGACGGCGUUUCAAGAGGUGAAGGCCAGAGGCUACAACCCGGACCUCGUGAUAUUCAACUCCAUGCUGUCCAUCUACGCGAAGAACGGGAUGUACAGCAAGGCCACCGAGGUCUUCGACUCCAUCAAGCGGAGCGGGCUGAGCCCCGACCUCAUCACCUACAACAGCCUGAUGGACAUGUACGCCAAGUGCAGCGAGUCGUGGGAGGCCGAGAAGAUACUGAACCAGCUCAAGUGCUCCCAGACGAUGAAGCCCGACGUGGUGUCCUACAACACGGUCAUAAACGGGUUCUGCAAGCAGGGGCUGGUGAAAGAGGCCCAGAGGGUCCUCUCGGAGAUGGUCGCCGACGGCAUGGCCCCCUGCGCCGUGACCUACCACACGCUCGUCGGGGGUUACUCCAGCCUGGAGAUGUUCAGCGAGGCCAGGGAGGUCAUCGGCUACAUGGUCCAGCACGGCCUCAAGCCUAUGGAGCUGACCUACAGGAGAGUCGUCGAGAGCUACUGCAGAGCGAAGCGGUUCGAGGAGGCUCGCGGCUUCCUGUCCGAGGUCUCGGAGACCGACCUGGAUUUUGACAAGAAGGCGCUCGAAGCCUAUAUAGAGGAUGCGCAGUUUGGAAGGUAGAGAGAGGGAGAGUGGCUGUGCUAAGAGGUGGGCUUAGGUACAGUUCGUACGGUUUUCUUUGGUUACAGGCAACUGUCGGUUUGCAAUUCGCUUGUUAUAUAUAUAUGCUCAAGUUUUGAUA